GAAGAUUUUAAGGUAGGCAAACGUCGCUCAAAUCCAACACCUCCUUUUCACGAAGUCCCCACCACUCACUCCACAAAAGCGCUCUCAUCGGGCGCGCCUGCAGCUCAAGCUCAACUUCAGGAGACAAACUUCCCUCUAAUCGUGGCGAAGAAGAGACAGACCAAGAUGGAGGUCAAGAAGGAUGGCAUUUUCUCGUGCGUGACUACCUCGCGCCAGCAGAUUCGCAAGCACUUGCGUGACAUCGCCAAGAUCAGGCUCGAGAGAAUGCAAGAGAAGACUGAGGAGGUCCUGAGGGAGAAGGGCAUCUACGAUGGACCCGAGAAGAUGGUGGAGGACGUGUACAAUGAGAUCAUCGAUGGCAGUAGCAACUACCCCGUCCACCAGCAAGCUGAGCUACUGGUUGAAGCCGGCCGCAUCGGCGUUUGGGAGGCGCAAAUGGCCAACCCUCAUUACCUUUCCCAACAAGCCGCCACUCUCUGGCCCCGCUGGGGCACCGUGUCUCCGUACCUGCGCUUCAUCGAACUACGCGAGCGCCUUGCCAAGGAGGGCAGCUCCCGGCCUAUCAGCUGUGACCAUCCCUUGGACAUCGACGACCUCUCGAUGAACCAGUUGUCGCAGCUCCACGUGGGAUGUAAGGAGUGGGUGAAGGGUUAUAAGGAGAAUGGCGAGAGUCACAGUUUGGAGAGGAAGCGGCUGUUCGACCGUGCCAAAGAGCUGGCGAAGGAGGGUCACGAUAUGCGCACCGCCAUCAAGUAUUUUUCACGUAUGAAACUGGAUUUCAUGGUUGAUAUACACUUUAUGAUGGAGGUCGUGGUCACGCACUUACGUUCCUUUGAGGAGAAGGUGGCUACGAUGGAGUGGUCCAUGGAACGUUGCGAGGAACGCGUGCGGGCGCAUGAGGAGGAGAAGAAGAAG